AUGGAGGCAAAUCUGUGUACAUCUCUAGGCCUCCCAUCGCGUAACUCUCAAAGUCACCACAACCCAACAAUCCAAACUGACUUCACUAAUCUCUUCGCUCACUUCUCCUCUCUGUUAUCCAUUCAAAACCCAGAAAAAGCCGCCCUCCCAUUUGCCUCAAACUCCAUCUCCUUAAAUUCCCAAACCUCCACACCAAAAAGCCCAAAAUGGCUCCAACCCUCCUCAAGAAACAGCCCCAGAGUCCAAUCUUUGAUGAAAAACCUCUCAGUUUUUGAGAGAGCUCUUAUAGGAGCAGGGGGUGGUGGCAUAGCUGGUGCAUUUACUUAUGUGUGUCUGCACCCACUUGAUACAAUUAAAACUAAGUUGCAAACAAAGGGUGCGUCGCAGAUUUAUAAAAGUACACUUGAUGCUGUGGUUAAGACCUUUCAAGAGAAAGGGAUUUUGGGGUUUUAUAGUGGUGUAUCUGCUGUUAUUGUGGGUUCUACUGCAUCUUCAGCUGUGUAUUUUGGUACUUGUGAGUUUGGUAAGUCAAUUUUGUCAAAAUUUGAGAAUUACCCAUCUGUGCUUAUCCCUCCAACUGCUGGCGCCAUGGGCAAUAUUGUAUCAUCAGCAAUUAUGGUGCCAAAAGAAUUAAUCACACAGCAAAUGCAAGCAGGUGCAAAGGGAAGAUCCUGGGAAGUUUUGCUGAGAAUUUUGGAGAAAGAUGGUAUCUUGGGUCUUUAUGCAGGGUAUUCUGCUACUUUGUUAAGGAAUUUGCCUGCUGGCGUGUUGAGUUAUUCUUCAUUUGAGUAUUUAAAGGCUGCUGUUUUGAGUAGGACUAAAAAAGGUAAUUUGCUGCCAAUUGAGAGUGUGUGUUGUGGGGCUUUGGCCGGGGCUAUUUCAGCGUCUUUAACCACACCACUUGAUGUGGUUAAGACUAGGUUGAUGACCCAAUUGAAUAAGGAGGUUGUGGAUAAGACUGCAGCUGUAAUGUAUAGUGGUGUUUCGGCGACAGUGAAGCAGAUUUUGAAGGAGGAAGGGUGGGUGGGAUUUACCAGAGGAAUGGGCCCUAGAGUGGUUCAUAGUGCUUGCUUUUCGGCUUUGGGAUACUUUGCAUUUGAGACGGCAAGACUUACUAUUUUGCAUCAAUACUUGAAGCACAAGGAGGUGCACGAAUUGGAUGUUGCUACUACUUGA